AUGAGAGCUGUAAUUAUGGGUGUUUAUGAGAGAUAUGCCCCAAUUAUCACUAAAAGAGUGAAAGGUAAACCAGUACCGUGGCUUUCGGUUGAGCUUAAUUAAGAAACUCAUGAAUGAAAGAGAUAGUCUCCUGCGUAGAUACCGAAGAACAAAAGAGAACCAGGAUUUCCUUUUGAUUGGAAAAAUGCACGAUUAAAUCCAAUUUAUAAGGAGGAAAGUCGUCGUAAUAUGGGAAAUUACAGACCAAUUUCUAUAUUACCAAUAUUAAGCAAAGUAUUUGAGAAAGAAGUUUUUCGACAAAUUUAUCAAUAUUUUAAUGUAAAUUUACUUUUAUCGAAAUUUCAAAAUUGGUUCGAAAAUAUGGACAACGGAAAACUGACUGCGGUGUUGUCUUUUUAGAUAUUCGCAAAGCAUUUGAUUUUUUUUUUUUUUUAUUAUUUAUUUAGCUUCGCCUAUAAUUACACAGUCAGACAACACGUACACACAACCAUUUCUGUCCAACCCAAAAACGAGCAAACUUCAGCGCCCCUGUCUAUGUUUCAACAUGAUAGUAAAACAAAAACAUACACCCUUGACCGCUAACCUAGGACGGUUUAAUUUUACAAUUAUAUUCAUUUUAGAAUAGCUUGAUUUUUAUGAGCCCAACAUGACUUGGCAUAUAACCGAAACAUGGCUCAAACCGACUAUACCUAGCUCCCUCGUUUGUCCUCCCAAUUUUUCCAUCAUUAGAAAGGAUAGAACAAACUGUGGAGGAGGAGGUGUCGCGAUCUUAUGCAGGAAUGAUUGGAGAAUGCAGCUACUACCUGAUUUGGAUAAUCCAUUCGAAUGUUUAUGGACAAAAAUUAUUACACAAAACUCUGAAUUCUUUGUUGCAACUAUUUACCACCCACCUAACUAUGAGUAUAAUGAGCAAGACCUUAUCGAAUUCCUUAUUGACUCGUGCGAACAACUAUUGUUAUCUAAACCGAAUUCAAAUAUAAUAAUUGCUGGUGACAUUAACAAUUUAAAUAUUCGAUCUGUUCUUAAUCAACUUCCAUUUACCCAACUCGUUAAGACCCCUACGAGAGGGUUAAAAAUAUUAGAUGUCUUUAUUACAAAUGUCCCAAACUAUUGGAAAUCUGUUAAAGUUGUAAAAAGCUUGGUGAGAUCCGACCAUGAUAUGGUUAUCACAUACCCCCGAAACAUAGUUAAAGCAACAAGGACAAAUUCCUAUUUCAGAGAUGUGAGACAACAUCAUCAAUUGAAUAUGCUUCGUGAACUUGAAUCUAUUGAUUGGAACACGAUAAUUAUGAAUAGCCAUAACCUAGAUGAGAUAACCCUAAAAUUUUAUGAAAUAAUAUGGCCAAAAUUCGAUAAGAGCUUCCCACUAAUUAAGGUCAGAACGUCAUCACGCGACCCACCGUUCAUGUCUCCUCUUGUGAACCACCUUCUGAAUCAAAGGAAAAGAGCCAUACAAAACGGAAAUACUGAAGCAAAUACACGAUUGCAAGAAAAAAUCAACAAGUUAAUUCGGGAAAAUCAAUUAAGUGCAGUCAAACAGGAGUUUGGCAACCAGAAAACUGGAUCGAAAAGUUGGUGGUCUAACGUAAAUAGCAUUACAUCGAGAAAAAAGAAACAUGAUGUAUCAGUAAGUGCUUCUCUUAACCCUAGUGAAAUUAACAAAUAUUUUCAAAGUGUGAAUACAGACCCAAAUUAUACGACUCCCGAGCCUCUUCAAAUCUCCGAAGGAACAAGAAUUCCCUCGUUGUCAAUUCAUGAAGUUCAACAUCUUUUACGCAAUCAAAAACGCUCUUCAUCGGGUCCAGACAAUCUGCCAUAUUGGUUUUGGAAAUCGUUUGCUAUUGAAUUAGCUCCUAUUGUCACAGAAAUUUUUAACAUGUCACUAAAAACCAGCAAAGUACCUCAGAAAUGGAAAUCCGCUAAUUUAUUACCACUCCCUAAAGAAUCACCAUUAAAUUCGUGUAACCAGUUAAGACCAAUCUCUCUGACGGACAUCAUCAUGAGACUAUUCGAGAAGUGCGUGUAUAAAUCUGAAAUCGAACCUAUCACAAGAAAUAACAUUGGUCCCGACCAAUUUGCUUAUAAAAAGGGUCACAACUCGACUAUGGCUCUGAUUAAAUCCCAACAUCAAUGGCUAGAGUGGCUGGAUAAAAACGCUAAUUAUGUUAGAGUGCUGUCGUUCGAUUUCAGCAAAGCAUUUGACAGUGUGCCCCACGAUCUUUUGUUUGAAAAAGUUAAAAAGCUACCCAUUAAUCCGUAUGUGGUGAACUGGUUAAUUAGCUUUCUAGAAAAUAGAAUACAAAGAGUAAUGGUUGAUGGAAUGGUUACAGAAUAUUUAUAUAUUAAUCGUGGUGUCCCUCAAGGUACUGUUUUAGGCCCAGUUCUUUUCUCAAUAAUGGUUGAUGAUAUUAAAACUGCUGAUCCUAGUAAUGCGUUAGUCAAAUUUGCUGACGAUUUGACGUUAGGAGUGCCUGGCAACGAAAGUGGUGACACAUCUCGAUCUGAAGCUGCCUGUUUACAGGAUUGGGCGGAAGAGAAUAGAAUGCCCUUAAACUUGGAAAAAAACGUACGAAAUGGUUGUUCGCAGACACACCUCUGUAGUUUUGCCCGAGCUUAUCCCUUCAAUUAA